AUGGGCAAGCAGGCGCUGGCGCUGGCGCUGCUGUGCGUCGUCCUGCUCGCGGCGACGGUGGACGACGCGGCGGCGGCGUCGUGCAACCCGUCGGCGCUGAGCGCGUGCGCGGGCGCGCUGUUCGGCGGGGCGGUGACGCCGCGGUGCUGCGCGUCGCUGCGGGCGCAGCAGCCGUGCCUCUGCCAGUACAAGCGCGACCCGACGUACCGCGGCUACGUCAACGGCCCCGUCGCGCAGAGCGUCACCCGCGCCUGCGGCCUCCCCAUGAUGAAGUGCUGA